ACAUAGUGUAUAUGUUACAUAGUGUAGUUACAUAAUAUGGUUACUUAGGUGCACAAUAACGUCCCAGUAAAAAAUAAUAUAUCAUUGCAAGCGUACUGCCUGCUUCAUUAAUUCUGAAAUAUUCCGGUAAUAAUUGUAUGAAGACAUGAAAUCAAAUAAAUAUCCAUCACGGGUCUUCCUGUUGCAUCUAAUAUUGCUUGGAUGCACGGCAGGAAGUCAAGUUACUACCCUCUUUUCUAAGGUACGUGGCAAUGUCGUAGAGUACCAGUGCCGCCUGGCGACCAGGGUGCCUGCCUCGACCACGUUCUUGGGUCUACAUAGCGCCUGCAGCCUUAUGUGCCAGCAGACUGAAGACUGUCGCUUUUUCUGCACACUUGAAAGCACGGGUGCCUGCGCUCUGUUCAAGGCUUUCGUGGCGGUGAGGUGGCAGGGACAUCCUACGUCUGGGACCAGCACGACUUACGACGCUUGUUACACAUCAUGGGGAGACCCUCGUGACAUCGUGAAGACAAACUCGCCCUUCACUUUCUCGUCUAAUUCAUUAGCUUUUCCCCAGAGGUAUGCUACAGAUGGAUAUGCUUGCUUAGUUCCGUAUAGUAUCUUCGCAACGAAUCUAGAAACAAACAGCUAUUCACAGAUUGACCUGGAACAGAUAUCUCGGGUGCAGGCAGUUAUCGUGGCCACAUCUGAAAUAACAUACAUCAAAGACAUGGACGUGUUACUCAGCAACACAAGUGACUUCACACUUGGACAGAAAAUCGGCCGAGUUAAUGGCUAUACGCCGUAUUGGUCGACGUAUACCAUCAACACCAACACCAGCGUGGCAGGACGAUACAUUACGUUCUAUACGGCGCAAUAUUCCAUCCAUGGCUACGCCGACAUCCAAGUUAUUCCACUGCUUUGAGCGCAUCUUGUUAGGUCCAUAAUUAGGAGUAUCAGAUGAACCCGAAAAGUUGAGUCGCACCAGCGAAGGUAUCAUUUAAACCAUCAACUUUGGGUUCCGCAGGUUUUUUUUUUUUU